AUCCAAGCAACCAAACACACGUCAUAUCAUAUCUCCACCGCGACUCUUAUCUCUUCUCUCUCUCCGUAGACUUCACAGUUCUAAUUGGGCGGAGCAGCCGCAUAACAACCUAUAAUCGGCGACCGAAAUGGCAAAGGGAAAGAAGGAAUUGCUGUCUAAAGCACCAUGGAGAGGCGACGAAGACGACGAAGCCAACAAAUUCAAAGACGCCAAGCUCAAAGUUACCAAUCAACCUGGCUCUACUCCCGUCAUGCACGUCCCUGGCAAAAAGAACAAAAACCACCUCCCCGACGACGACGAUGACGAUGAUCUUCUCGAACUAGACCCUGAACUACGCUAUAGCUUCCAGCGCAAUUUUCAGUUUCUUCAAAGAGUGUUUAGUAUUGAUACAAUUGUGAAGCCUCUUCCACCUGCUAUGGCAUACAACGUUUCUCGCAAUUUGAGCUUCUUUACUCGAAUUUUCACUCAGUUCUUUGAUCCUGAAGGUAUUGCAAAUGCUGGGAAAUCACUUGGGUUAGGACAGGAAGAGAAAGCUCGUCGGGUCCGUUGAGAAUGAAUGAUUGAGCAUGCCUCUUCCUCAGUUAUUGUAAUUUUGACUCUAUUUGGAUCUUUGUUUUGCCAAUACUUUAUUCAGAAUGAUUUUUUUCUUCUAAAUUCAAGCUCAGAACUCAGUAAUUACAAUAUCCUGAAGGGAUUACUUAAAUGGGAUCUAUUUCAGGGGAAAUGACAAUACUUUAUAGAAAAGAAUGAAGAUUUCACCAGUGCA